UGUAUCCAAACUUUAAGAAUAUUUCUCUUCUUUCGCAUAAAAAAUGUUAAAUUGUUUGGUUUUUCAGCAUCUGAAUGUUCAUUUCGAAAAUAGAACUCUCAAAUUUAGUGAAUUAGACAUGAAUCUUUAAAAUAUGUACUCAAUUAUCGUCAUUUGAGAUCAGUAGUUUGAUCUUCAAAUAGUAGAAGAAAAAACUUUCAAACUGUGGUAGGAAAUUUAGAAAUUACGGCAAGCAUAGUAUCAAAGAACAUUUAUUAUGACUAAUAAGAACAUUUAUUAUGACUAAUAAGACUUAUAACAAAUUAUGGAAAUCGUCUAUUCAGGAUUUAACAAGCCUUUUAGAAAAGGAAACAUCUGAUGAGUCAGAUCAUUUAGAACAACGGGAUUUUAAAACAGAACACCAGUUUAUAGUUCAAAAAAUUGGGCGGCUGUAUCUGAGUUAUAUAAAGGUGACUAAUGCUCUUACAGAUUGUUAUGAAACCAUUUUGCAGCCUCAGAAAAGGUAUUUACUGCGUUCAUUAGUGGACAACUGCAUCGGACAUGUUUUAGAGUUAAAACAAGAACUAGUUGCAUUAGAAUAUACUGAAUUUCAUUUCUUUGAUGCUCUACUAUUAGAAUUAAAGAUGAUACCUAGUGAUAUGGAUAUAAAGAUCCCUGCAUACUUUCAUGAAAAGACAUGUAAAGAACAAGAAAAAUUAGACCUCAUGCAAGAAUAUUUUAGGCUUCUAUCAUUAACUCAUAACAAUUUAGAUGAAAAUAUAUAUUUUGUUUUUCAGCAAGGGGAAGAUAAAGUAACAGCUAUAAAGAAAUCAGCAUCAAUUAUUCAGUCACAUGUAUUAGCUUACCAAGGAAGACAAGCGUUUUUAGAAGCUCAAAAGUUGCAUGAAAUUAAAGAAAGUGGUAGAUUACAGGAAUAUAGAAAAAGUCUGAAAAUCAGUCUUUCUGAAAAUGAUGCUGCUCUGAAAAUACAAAAAGCUUGGAAAUGGUUUUCUUUUCAUAAUAAUGUUAGAAAAGCUCAUAUGAAUUCGCAACCUUUGGUCAUUGAAAAGACUAACAAUCUUCAUUCACGUCUUAAAAAACUCAAGAAAAUGCGUCAAGAUACGAUAAGGAAAAAUGAAGUUGAAUUUUUGGAAGUAAGCAGAAAAGUCAAAGAAGAAAUUCAAACGUAUCAUGCUCCAGAUGCCAUAGAAGCUCUUCAAACAGAAAUUCGAACUUAUUUUGAACAAUAUAGACAGAACCACGGAGAAUAUCCUGUGUUUCCUACUGAAGAGGAUGGGGGAUCCAACGUUCUUUUACAAAAAGGACUGCAUAGUGAAAAUGAGAUAAUAAAAAUGAAAAAUGAAAGUACUGGGAAAGACAAAAUUAUUGAGAAUAAGAAAAAAGAUGUUGACAAAAAAGAAGAUGGAGAAUCAAUCGCAUAUUGCCAGAAGGCAUCAAAAUAUAUCCCAGACUUACUUGAACUCAUUGCUGAAUACAAUAGAGUUUGGGCUGAAAAAGAACCUGUGGAUAUUUAUGAUAAAUAUGAUGAAGAAAUGUUGAAGAAAGAAGCAAUUCUAGAGAUGGAAUUAUCUGUUAGACUGCAUACAGAUAAAAUUAUGAGAGAAGAACUCAGCCGCCUAACAGAAGCCUCUGAGAAAGACUUGGGUAAAAAAGGAAAAAAGCAUGAAAAAGGAGGGAAAAAAGAAAAGGAAAAGGAAAAUGACAAUAGGGAACUUGUUUGUUUACAGACAAAAGGACGUCAUGCAGUGAAAAAGCCAAUGAGUUUUGAAUCUCUUUUGGAAGAGCUUAUCAAAGAAAAGGUCAUCAUUAAUUAUCCAAAAUUCAAUUUAUCCGAUUUUAUUGGUGAUUAUAAUUAUGUGGGAUAUGUUAAGGACUGGGAGUAUGAUCCCGAAAGAGAUCCUAUGCCAUGCCUAUUGGACAUCAGGAGGGUUAUAAAUGAAUUUUGUGUUUUACCCAUGGGAUCACCAGGCAUACAUUCUAAAGGAGCAUAUGUGAAGUCUAUUUUAUUUGCUGGUCCACAUGGUGUAGGAAAAAAAUCUUUAAUUUAUGCUAUUUGUAAUGAAACUGGAGCUACAUUAAUGGAUUUAUCCGCAGAAAACAUUAAUGGAAAAUAUCCUGGUAAAGAUGGUCUAGACAUGCUAAUGCAUUUAAUUUCUAAAGUUGGAAGACUUGCCCAGCCCACUGUUAUAUAUAUAAAGGAUGCUGAGAAUUAUUUUUGGAAGAAACAAGCAGCUUCCAGCAUCUUGGCUGAAGCAAUUCGUCUGAAAAAAGAAUUACUAAAAUUCAUAAAAGGAAUUGGCAAUGAAGACAGAAUUCUCAUUUGUGGUACUACUGUUAUGCCAUUUGACGCUGAUGUGAAAGGAUUGUGUGCAUGCUAUAAUAAAGUUAUUUGUUUCCUUAAACCUGAUCACAACUGUAGGAGAGCAUUGUGGAGGGAAAUGAUUUUAAACAAACAAUGCAUAAUUGGCCCACAGUUAAACUUGAGUGCUCUGUGUGAGGCAUCUGAAGGUUUCACAGCUCCUCAUUUGAUAUAUGCCAUAGAAAAGGUCCUGACUGAUCGCAGAUUGGCUCAUCAAAAGAAAAUACCUCUCUUUGCUUCUGAAUUUAUUUAUUUUCUUUCUGACUUUAUUCCGAUUUCUCCUGAAGAGAAUGAAGAGUACAAAAUUUGGUUCGCAAAGUUGCCUUUACAGAAGAAGCGCGUGAAGUUAUUGAAAGGAUCUUGUGAAAUGCCCGAAGAACGAAAGAACAAAGAUAAAACAAGUUACCAAAAGCAAGGGCGCUAAAACCUUAACCUUUUGCAUCCUUGAGAUGUCAGACGUCAAAUGACUAAAAAGCUGAGAAAUCUUAUCUUCCAGUUAUGCAUUCAUGAGAUUUCGGAUGGAUUAAAGUGAUUAAAAAAUUCAAGUCUGUAGUAAAGUACCCCGUAAUGCGAUGUAGGCUUAAAGUAUUACGUAAUCAUGUAGUACUCUUUGAUUGUGCACUAUUUCUAGAAUUGAUGGCUUUAAUUUUUGUAACACACCUUACUGUCUGAUGAAUUUGAAUUUCUUUCAUAUUUCAUGAUAUGAAAAUUUAGGUACUGGUAAUUUAACAAGUUAUGCAUGUUACUAUAAAAAUAAAAGCACCGAAAAUAAAACGUGUCAGCACAAGUCCAAAUGCAGAAGCCUGUGUAGUGCUUUCAGACAGAAAUAACCAUACUCCCUAGCGAAUUUGCAUGAAGCAGUUGGAUUUUGGAGUUCAAUGAUCAGAAGUUAAUUUAUGGUUUGCGAAGUGGCAACUGCGAGAAAGCCUGUAUUCCAAUGUGCUCGGAAUCACUUCCCGGAUUCAAGAAAAAGUGUCUGUCUCACGAAGGAUUCUUCUUCAAGAGUGGAACUGAACUGGACAUUGUCAUCUGUAAGGUUUCCAAGGCCAGUGCCAAUGACAGAUGCAAUCCUGCGCACAUCCGUACGAUAAAAUUCGUUGAUUUAUUCUGAUGUUACUGUGAGAUAUAAGUCAAACAACAGCAAAUAAACGUGUGAAAAAUAGUGCAUGUAGCUAUUUUUUAAAGGAAGGAACUGUAAUUCUCCCUCACCCCCAGAAAUUCAGAUGAAAUAGUAUAAAAGAAGUAUAAAUAAUAAUAGAAUAUAUAACGUAAAUUUUAAAAUAAUGGAAAAAAAUAUCAUGAAAAAUUCAAAAAUAUAUACAGGGUGAUUAUAAUUAAAGUUUAAGUUU